UGCUGCUCACUGGCCUGGCGGACUCCUAUCGCAUUGCUACGGACAGCCGUCUGCAGCUACAGCCCUAAAUAUAUUCCGGGGAAAACUCGCUUUCUCACCCACAACCGAACCAUCCUGGUAUCAGGCUCGAGCUGCGUUUCUUUUCUUUAUUGUUAGGCCCGAUGGCAUCGACGGCGAGUAGUACUCCGCCGAAACGGAAGUUCGUUCCAGAGCUUAUAGAGUCGACCACCAAGUCGUCGUCGUCGUCGUCAUCGCGCACGCAGGCCAAGGAUAGGGAUGGGAAGAAGAAGACAGGGGAUGCUUCGACGACGACAGCAGCGUCAAAGGGAGCCAGCAGGUUUCGGCCUCAGUUGAUCGAAACGACAACGGAGACCAGCCGAAAAGCUGUCAAGCAGGGCGUAGACGGUGGUGUUAAGGGCAAACAGAGGGGUGGUGUUGGUGGGAGUCCCGGUCGUGCAGGAUUAGGGGUUGCCGAUCAGCAACAAAAGAAGUCAAGGGAUGCUGCCACAAAGACGUCGCAGUCGCCGCGGAAGUUCACUCCCCAGCUUAUCGAGACUGGGAAACGGUCGUUUCGCCAGAACCCGGCAGGAAGCCCUGCCCGACAGAACUUUGGCAGCAGCAGUGUCUGCUCGGCCAAUACGCUUAGGUUUCGAGCUACAGAUUCGGAGUCGAGGUAUUCCUACGCAAGCCUGUCUCGACGCCAUGGGAGCAGACGACAGUCGUUCCAGGUCCCUAACCUCCCCGCCAUCCCCUCGACCAGCAGUGAAAACUCCGGCGAGUCACCAACCUCAUCGCUCUCGACCUCCCCUACCAAUUUCUCCAACGAAGGCAGCCAUCAGAAUGUGCAUGUUCACUGCCCUGACUCCUACACCGGCUCCUAUCCGGACAAUCACAUGUACAACCUGCACUCUCGUUUGGUUUCCGAGAAGCUGAAGGACCAGGCUCUCGCUGCCUUCCCCAAUGAGCAAGUAUACCAACCCGUCUCUCACUUUGCCAUCGACCGGGAGGACAGCAACUCCGAAGACGAUGACGACAGCAUGGAAACUGCCUUCAGACAGCUGUCGAUUGACCUGUCUCGAUUCCGGCGAGAGUCCACCGCUGACCUCGCCUGGGAGCUGGAGGAGAUGCGACGGCACAAGGAGGAGUCGGAGAUGAGGUCUCGGGAACGCCUCUUUGCAUCUAACCAUACAUCCAAGUUCUCCGCGGCUGCGCUUGCCGCACGAUAUAAGGAGGAAUGGGAAGGCCUUGAAACGGGCGGUUACGAUAUCAUUGGCGGCUGGCAGAAGGGGGUAAACCUUGCGCCUAUGCGUGAAGCCGCAAGUCCCCCGAUGCUGGGAGACGACAUCGUUUUCACUCGAUGCCAGUCUCUCAAGUCAACACUGAUAGGAGCUGACCAGCUUCCUACGCCGGCCACGAGCCAAAACAAGAAACCUGCGGGUAACUGCAACGCCGGUGGACUAUGGUCUGCAGAUACAAAUAUUUCGGACUGCGGCGAAGUCGGGCUCUGGAACGGUACUUGCAAGAGAAAGUCGGGUGGCCAGACAAGCUGCGAUCGCUCUUCACAAAACUCAUCACCGCAAAAGUCUGGCCUUGUGACGCCCUCUCCGGAGCGAAUGGACCCUGUUAUUCCGCCUACGCCAACUCCUACGCCUUUGGGCUCUCUCCUCCAGCCCUCUAAAGAAAUCUCUCCCGAUCUUGUCACGCUCACCACUGUUCCCGACGCCUCAUCACCUUCUCCUGCUAUUCUCAUUCAAACAUGCGAUCCCGACCUUGAGCGUGAAAUCGAGACCGAAUUCAAUGAUAGUUUCGUUACCCAAAUAUACAACUAUUUAUCACUGGGGUACCCAUGCUUAGCGCGCGAUUUUGAUGCGGAGCUAAGUAAAAUCACAAAUAUUCCUAUCGAAACGCUCCAGAGCGAUGACCAACACGCCAACGCGAAGGGCUACAUCGACCUACCGGACUGUCGAACCGGUGCUUGCAAUACCACAACCACCACCAACACGCCUGGGUGCGUGCGCUGGAAUGCGUUGAAGCUGUAUAUCCAUGAAUGGGCGAGACAACAGCCUCGCUCCGGGGCUGACAGAGGAGUCGACUCUUGGGGCGUUCCCGAGCGAAGAGGCAGCUGGGCUGUCUAACUACUGCGCCUCCACAUCUGAACACUGUCUCAUUUCCCUCGUUCCCUUACGUCAGAGAAUGUUUUGUUUCAUUUUUGGCUUGAGUGGAGUUCACCUUGUUUCCCUUCAUUUAACUUUCGGAACUCGGAUUUUUUUUUUUUUUUUGACUCUGUUGGUAUCAAUGGACGGACUGCCUUGCUCCCUUUUCUUUCUUUUUCCUUUCGUUCUUUUUCCCCCCCAUAUCCUCGGCCAGUUGUCUUCACCGGGCCAGCAUCUUUAUCCCUCUUCCGCGCUUGCCUCGUCGCCUCUGUCGCGUGACAUGCUUUUUGCGGCUUAUACAUACAUUCGCACUCACACAUAUCCCUGCAUGGAGAUGAGCCCAGUACAGCCUCCACAGUUCACCGGGUCAGUCUCCAGUUCUUAACUUCUUUAUUAGUGUUCUGCGACAUAGAGGGGCAUCCCAAAUCAGCCUUUUCCUACCUUGGCCCCAGUCAUCUUUGUGUGACCCUUUUCCCCGUUCAGCGAGUUGGAUAAUAUUGUCUACUGCAUUUUCAACCCCCGCUUUGUUAUUGCUGCCUUGCCUACCUUGCUUUUCCUUGGCUCGAUUCCCCUUUGCCUUUGAUCCGGUUUCUGCACCUUUUUUUCCUUGUCUUCUUCUCAUCUUCUUCACAGGGUUUGGGACGGGUUAUCAUCGUUUUUUUCUGACCUCCUUUCUAAUUCACGACUUGAUGGCGCCUCCUUAGUUUGGUUGUUUUAGACAGUAUAUCUCUAUUUAAUAGAAAGCAGAAUUCCUUUUUGAUGAUGAUCCGUCUGUUGAUCUUGCUCUUUGACUUCGAUACAUUACCAUUCGAUAUCCCCUUGUACCUGGUGGUCGGGCCGCUCACGUGAACAGCCCUAUUUGAUUAUAUCAUCACUAAUUUUAGAACAUUGCUUACUCAGCGGUCUCUCCGUAUUUUGAAAAUUUCCAAAGUUUAUAGAUCCAGACGACAUGAU